GCGUAACAAACAGGAAGAGAAGAAAGAAGCUGAUUGGCUGAACUCACAGUGAACACAUCUGAUUGGAGGAUCAAAGUCAAACCUGUUUGUGAGGAAGUGAAACUCACACAGUCUUUGUGUCUGAGAGGAGAAAUGGCGCAGAAAGGAGUCGAUCUGGAUCAAGAAACCUUCAGCUGUUCCAUCUGUCUGGAUCUGCUGAAGGAUCCGGUGACUAUUCCCUGUGGACACAGCUACUGCAUGAAGUGUAUUGAAGGAUUCUGGGAUAAAGAGGAGAAUAUCCACAGCUGUCCUCAGUGCAGGAAGACCUUCAAACCGAGACCUGUUCUGGAGAAAAACACCAUGUUAGCAGCUUUAGUGGAUCAGCUGAAGAAGACUGGACUCCAAGCUGCUCCUGCUGAUCACUGCUAUGCUGGACCUGAAGAUGUGUCCUGUGAUUUCUGCUCUGGAAGAAAACUGAAAGCCAUCAAGUCCUGUUUGAUCUGUCUGGCCUCUUACUGUGAGAAACACCUUCAACCUCAUUUGGAUGAAGCUGCAUUCAAGAAACACAAGCUGGUGGAACCCUCCAAGAACCUGCAGGAGAACAUCUGCUCCAUUCAUGAUGAGGUGAUGAAGAUGUUCUGUCGUACUGAUCAGAAGUGUAUCUGUUAUCUCUGCUCUGUGGAUGAACAUAGAGGACACGACACAGUCUCAGCUGCAGCAGAAAGGACUGAGAGGCAGAGAGAUCUGGAGGAGAGUCAACAACAAAUCCAGCAGAGAAUCCAGGACAGAGAGAAAGAGGUGAAGCUGCUUCAACAGGAGGUGGAGGCCAUCAAUCAAUCUGGUAAUCAAACAGUGAAGAACAGUGAGAAGAUCUUUACUCUGAUGAUCAAUCUCAUCCAGAAAAGAAGCUGUUUAGUGAUGCAGCAGAUCAGAUCCCAGCAGCAAACUGAAGUGAGUCGAGUCAAAGAUCUUCAGGAGGAGCUGGAGCAGGAGAUCACUGAGCUGAAGAGGAGAGACGCUGAGCUGAAGCAGCUCUCACUCACAGAGGAUCACAGCCAGUUUCUGCUCCACUACCCCUCACUGCCACCACUCAGUGAGUCCACACCCUCAUCCAGCAUCAAUGUCCGUCCUCUGAGAUACUUUGAGGAUGUGACAGCAGCUGUGUCAGAGCUCAGAGACAAACUGCAGGACAUUCUGAGAGAGGAACGGACAAACAUCUCAGCGACAGUCACUCAUGUUGAUGUUUUACUGCCAAAACCAGAACCAGAACCAAAGAGCAGAGCUGACUUCUUAAAAUAUUCAUGUCAAAUCACACUGGAUCCAAACACAGCACACAGGCGACUGUUACUGUCAGAGAACAGAAAGGUGAAAGUGAUGGAACAACCUCAGUCUUAUUCUGAUCAUCCAGACAGAUUUAUUGAUAGUAUUCAGGUUCUGAGUAGAGAGAGUCUGACUGGACGUCGUUACUGGGAGGUGGAGUGGAGAGGAGACUAUAUUUGUGUAGCAGUCGCAUACAAGAACAUCAGUAGAACUGGAAAUAAAAGUAGAUUUGGUUUAAAUUUUAAAUCGUGGGCAUUACAUUGUUCUCCACUGGGUUUCACAUUUGUCCACAACAACAUAAAAACCUCCAUCUCAGCUCGUGUUUCCUCCAGAGUAGGAGUGUACCUGGAUCGCAGAGCAGGUGUUCUGUCCUUCCACAGCGUCUCUGAAAGAAUGACUCUCCUCCACAGAGUCCGGACCAAAUUCACUCAGAACCUCCAUGCUGGACUGAGUUUGGGUUCUAUUUGUUUUUCUGUAAUCUCAGCAGAGUUCUGUAAACUCAAAUAGUUCUUGAAAGAAGUGAAAUGUUUGUUUUCAGUGAUUUCUCUGAUUUCCAUCAUUUUUAACUAAACUUUUUAACUGUUAAUGUUCUGUGGAGUCGAGUUUGUUCUCAGAAAUAAAGAGAUAAAUGAAAAAUCUGUAGAAUGUGGAUUUGAGACAUUUUGAAGAUGAAUCUCAAACUUUUUGGAGUAAAAUCUGUUUUAUUGUUGUUGUUUUUUUAACUUUGGGAUUUGACUGUUUAAUUCAAAUUUCACACAAAUGUUGUGUUGAUGUUUUUGUGUUGUUGUUAUGUGAACUGAAGGAAGCUGCAACACAAAUGGAAUCAGUGAUGUCACAAUCAAAGACUUUCUCUGUUUGUUCUACACAGAAACUACAAGAGAACAAACUGAAGGAGGAGAUUGUGUUUGUAGAAAGAACAUUUACAACUUUGUUUACUUUCUUUUUGCUUCAUUUGACAACUUUGGAUUUAAGAUUUAUGUUUUCAUGUCUUUGUUCUUCAGAGAAAAGUUGUUUCU